AUGCCAGACGAAGUACAUUGUAACAGCCAAUCAAAUCUUCUUUCCAAGGUGAAACCAUACUUGCUAAUGGUGAGCUUACAGUUUGGAUCAGCAGGGAUGUACAUCAUCUCCAUGGUGACUCUCAACCAUGGCAUGAGUCGUUAUGUUCUCAUUGUGUAUCGUAAUGCUGUGGCCGCCCUCACCAUUGCACCCUUUGCGAUUGCUCUUGAAAGGAAAAUGAGGCCAAGGAUGACAAUCUCAGUCUUCUUAAAGAUAAUGUUGUUGGGAUUUUUAGAGCCAAUCCUUGAUCAAAACCUAUCCUACUUGGGGAUGAAAUUCACAUCAGCGUCAUUUGUUUCUGCCAUUAUGAAUGCCGUUCCUGCUGUUACCUUCAUAAUUGCUGCUAUUCUUCGAUUAGAGCACGUCAAAAUGAAGGAGGCACGAAGUCGAGGGAAGGUAAUUGGAACUGUGGUAACCCUGGCAGGAGCACUGCUGAUGACAUUAUACAAAGGCCCCAUCAUUAAACUCAUAUCGACACACAAAUUAACAACUGAUCACCACGGGAACCGCGGUGAUCAUGGCUCUUCCGAUAAACACUGGAUCAUGGGCACCAUUUUGAUCCUGAUUGGUUGCUGUGCAUGGUCUUCUUUUUACGUAUUGCAAUCGAUUACGAUGAAGAAAUAUCCAGCGGAGCUAUCUUUGGCAUGCUUGAUAUGCGUGAUGGGAACGGUGCAAAGCGCGGCAUUGGCUGUGGUGGUUGAGCGUCAUCCCAGCGCCUGGUCCAUUGGUUGGAACUCCAGGCUUCUUGCUCCUCUUUAUACUGGAGUAGUGAGCUCCGCAGUGACAUACUACGUGCAAGGAUUGGUGAUGAAGACAAGAGGUCCUGUAUUUGUGACAGCCUUCAACCCUCUCUGCAUGGUCAUCGUUGCUGCUCUUGGAACUAUCAUUUUAGCAGAGACACUCUACCUUGGAAGCAUCAUAGGAGCCAUUAUCAUAGCGGUGGGGUUGUACUGUGUGGCGUGGGGUAAAAGCAAGGAUCGUUCAGCGAGCCCAAUGCUGCCCACCGUGGAAAAGAGCGACCCCCAUAAUCCGCUGCCUACCAUUCAGCCGUACUGUUCUAUUCAGAAUGGUAUCCAUGAACAGGCUCAGGCUCCACUGUCAAAUGCUCCGCCAAAAAUGCCUCCUAUCUCACCGCAGACAUAGCCUUCUCUUUACCAGAGAAGAAAUGUAUGUAGAACUGAAGAAAAAACAGCAAUCCCAUGCAUGGGCUAGCUCUACGUUAUGAUUUGUGUGUUUGGGAAGUCGGAUUACUGGCUUACUGCACUUUUUGUAUAUUCAGUUUAUCUGUGUGAUUAUACAGUUUGUCUGUGUGAUUAUACAACAUUAAUUAAUUUCCCAUGUAUCAAUUAAUUAAAUUCCAAUGCAUUAAAAUUCUUAAAAACAAA